AUGGAGAGGCACUUUUGGCAAAAUUUAGCAUCUGGGAAAUGGAGUGCCACAGGUGUUGGCAACUUUCCUGGCAUUAGGGGAGUUGAUGAACUUCUGAAGAUUAGGGUUCUUCAUGUAAUUGCAAAGGCAAGGCCUCUGUUCCUUUAUUUUUGUGCAGCACACAGCGGUGGGAGUGGAGGCGGAGGUGAUGGCGCUGGCGCAUGGGCUCAGCUGCAGUGGGUUGCAAGUCACGGCAGCGCUUGUUAUCUGAGCUUCAUACGCAAGAAGCAACACGAGUGCAGCACAGAUAGCCAGGCAUGUUAG